AUGAUGGGAAGGCAUACCUGCCGGAUAUGUCAUGGAAAAUUCGCGACAGGGACAAGACAGAACGUUCCAAGCUCGGUUAAUGGUGUUCUAGCGAGUGUCGGUGACGACACGUACCAGACUUGGUACAAAAUCGUCGGGGAUCUCGCUUCGGGUGCACACCCUCUCGUCGUGCUGCACGGCGGCCCUGGCAUCUCGCAUGAGUAUAUGACACCUCUCGCUGAAAUUCAUAACAAAUGCAACAUCCCCGUCAUCUUUUACGACCAGAUCGGCAUCGGCAAGUCCAUUUUUGAAGGUGUGGCGGAGAAGCCCAGAGAGUUUUGGACAGUCGAUCUGUUCAUGGAGAGCCCCGUCCAUGGCAUUGUGGGGGAAAAGCACUGGCCAGCUACUGGACGCGAUGCCAGCGGAUGUGAGGGAGACUAUCGAGAAGCACGAGAAAGAGGGGACAACGGCUAG